GUCAUCUGAAGAGGAAACGGGCUCAGAAAGGUGGGCCGGUGUCCAAGAUGACUCUGGGCGUGGCAGAUCAUCUCAGGAAAGUAAAGCUGGACAAGGCUCAGGACGACACGCACCCCUUCAGGCCAGGGGGGGGAGAAGAACACAUCAGCAAAACUACAGGCCAGGCCAGAGGAACUGGGACAAGAUGCCAGAGAGCAAAGAGACACAGACCGGGUGUCUGAUUGAGCAGCUGUCUGAGGAGAAGUAUGAGUGCAUGGUUUGCUGUGAUGUCAUCCGGUGCAUGGCCCCGGUGUGGAGCUGCCUGAGCUGCUUCCACGUCUUCCACCUGAACUGCAUCAAGAAGUGGGCUCGAUCCCCGGCCUCUCAGGCGGACGAAUCAGCUGAAGGUUGGCGCUGUCCGGCCUGCCAAAAUGUUACACUGAAACAGCCGAUAUCCUACACCUGCUUCUGUGGUAAAGUGACAAACCCCGAGUGGCAGCGCAGUGAGAUUCCCCACAGCUGUGGUGACAUGUGUGGGAAGAAAAGGAGCGGAGUGGACUGCAACCACCCCUGUAACAUCUUAUGUCACCCUGGACCUUGUCCACAAUGUCCUGCCUUUAUAACCAAAUCCUGUAUCUGCGGGAAGACCAGUCAACCAAUGCGCUGUGGCCAGGGUACAGUGCUCCAGUGUGACAAGGUGUGUGGUGCCUUACUCAACUGUGCUAAACACACCUGCACCCAGGUGUGCCACAGUGGGGCAUGUCAACCCUGCCAGCUGCAAGUUCAGCAGGUAUGCUAUUGUGACGUUACCACUCGUAAAGUCCUGUGUGGCACAGAUAAAGAAGGAUUUGAUGGCUCAGGACAUUUCUCCUGUCAAAAAUUAUGUGGGAAGAUGCUAAACUGCGAAGCUCACCGGUGCCAGCAGGAGUGCCACCGCGGUCCGUGCCAGCCAUGCCCACGCUCCCCGAGUUUGGUGAAAACGUGUCCCUGCAGUCAGACACCACUGACCAAACUCCUGGAACUGGGUUACUCUGAGCGACGAAGCUGCUCUGAUGCCAUCCCCUCCUGUGGAAAGACAUGCAACCAACCCCUGGCUUGUGGCUCCAGUGACACCAUCCAUCUGUGUAAGAAGUUGUGCCACGAGGACAGCUGCGGGCCCUGCUCCCUGAGCUCGACUAUCAGAUGCAGAUGUGGCUCCAAGACCAAGGAGGUGCCAUGUGCAACGAUCCAAAAAGAAGAAGAGCUUGUCUUCACUUGUGAGAAGCGCUGCAACAAGAAGCGCUCCUGUGGCCGACACAAGUGCGGCGAGCUGUGUUGUGUGAAUGUGGAGCACAAGUGCCAUCUGAUCUGCGGCUACAAGCUCAACUGUGGCCUCCACCGCUGCCAAGAGCCUUGUCACCGUGGAAACUGUGAGCCCUGCUGGCAGUCCAGUUUUGAUGAGCUGGCGUGUCACUGCGGGCUCACGGUCUUGUACCCGCCCAUCCCCUGUGGCACAAAGCCACCAGAGUGCAAAAACAUGUGUACGAGAAGACACGAGUGUGACCACCCAGUGUUCCACAACUGCCACAGUGAAGAGAAGUGUCCACCUUGCACAUACCUCACUAAGAAAUGGUGCAUGGGAAAGCAUGAGCAACGCAGCAACAUCCCGUGUCAUCUGCAAGACAUUUCAUGUGGCCUGACGUGUAAUAAGCCACUACCCUGUGAAAUGCACCGCUGCAGGCGGAUCUGCCACCGGGGCGAGUGUUUGACAGGAGGCAGAUGCCAGCAGCCCUGCGCGCUGCCCCGUCCAGACUGUGGCCACCCGUGCUCCGCUCCCUGUCAUAAAGGCAGCAGCUGCCCACGCACCACCUGCACUGCCAAGGUUGCUCUACAGUGUGAUUGUGGUCGAAGAAAGGAAAUGGUGGCCUGCACAGAGGCAGCCUCUUCAUAUCAGAGGUAUGCAGCCAUCGCCAUGGCCAGUAAACUGUCUGACAUGCAGCUCGGUGACUCCAUGGACAUUGGCCCGUUCCUCACUAAGAAGGAGCUGAAACAGAGCAGGAUUGAAUGUGAUCAAGAGUGUGCUACUUUGGAGAGAAACAGGCGUUUGGCUGAGGCGUUGCAGAUAGACUCAUCUUCUGACCCCUUCAACGCCCGCUGUACUUCUGUAUACAGCGACAGCCUCAAAGAGGAUGCCAGAAAAGACCUGAAAUUUGUCACAGAGGUAGAGGAGGAGAUCAAGAAUCUUGUUGAGCUUGCUAAUAAGGGAAAACAGCCAAAGAGAAGCCACUGUUUUCCACCCAUGAACAGAGAACACCGGAAGAUCAUCCACGAGCUGGCCGAGGUCUAUACCGUGGAGAGCGUGAGCUACGACAGUGAGCCCAAACGCAACGUGGUCAUCACAGCCCAAAAGGGAAAGUCCGCCUGUCCAAACUCAACCCUGACCGCACUGAUCGAGAGGGAGACGGCUGUGAGGGCCCCUCCUCCCAUCGCUCAUAUCAAACAGCACAGCAGCAAGUAA